CAUCCAUUACUUUCAAGUUGGUACGCUAAAUUUCCUUAUCAAUGAAAAAGAAAAGCCUAUUGCUUACUUUUCUAUGAACUUCAGGGGAUGUGAAUUCUCUUUUCUAAAGUUUGAAGAUAUUUUUUAAAAACAAAAAUAAAAAUAAUUGGAAGAUAUAAUUUUCUUUAAAUAAAAUAAAAAAUACACGAGAUGAUGAAGUUGGAAUUCAACAACUUAUCGGAUCUGAAACCGCACCGACCCAAAAACUGAGCUGAUAUCAGCCUUUGCCGACUGAGAAGAAGCAAAGGACGAAGCAUUUAUCGAUUUGAUUGAAGGAAAUAUGGCCACAAACAGCAGAGAAGCCCGAAGGAGGAAGAUCAUGGAGCGAGGAUCCGACCGCCUAGCCCUAAUCACGGGUCGGAUCCAAACCCUACCAUCCUCCUCUUCUUCAUCAACAGACCCAGCAACUCACCGUGAAGAUACAGACCCACCAUCGCACCCGUUGAUUUCCCAUGAUCAGGAGCCCCAAAUCCAUGUCCCAGAUCAAAUCCCAGUGGUCACCCCUGAGAUUGAGGAAAAGGGGUUUGAUUUGCAAUGUGACACAGAUACUGAAGAAGUCUUUGGAGCCACUGAUUCACAAACCCAACCACUUGUGUCCUCGUCAUUAACGGUUGAAAGACCAUCACCAUCAUCAUUACCAACAUUAACACCAUUUCAAAAACCUAGACUUGUCACUUGGACUGGAAUAAGUGAUGCCAUUGAAGCAACAGAAAGGACCCGCAUUUACAUUUCAGUGGCAGUAGCCUUCUUGGUGGUUUUAGCCCAUCUGAGUUUUCCUUUACUUGGGAGUAAAAUGGUGAAGACUCUUUUGGGUUUUAGGCCUCUCUAUCUAGUUUUGGUGACCAAUGUAACACUUGUGCUUGUGCGAAUUGUCGAGAGCGGUAGACGAAGACUCUCUGGAAUGGCUGGCAGACUUGGUGAGCUUAAUAUGCCAGUUGACGGAUAUGAAUGGGCUGAUCGGUUAGGCAGGACUUUACAGGCAGGCUUGGUGGUGAAGAAGGUACUUGAUGCUCUGCUCAUGGACUGUGCUGUGUAUGCAAUAAUUGUUGUAUGUGGCCUCUCUUUUGCACAGCAGUUGAGCUAGAAUUUGCAUGUUGUAUUUUUGGUAUGUCGGCUUAUAUCAGUGAACUUGCCCUUCUGGUUUUGUAUUGGUUGGAAAGCUGUAAUUGGAGACAAUGAAAUCUUUUCACUUCAACUUACAAUAUGCAGCUUAACUGCUGCUUGAGCA